UAAACGGGUAACAUCCCCACCAGCCGACAGUCGCAAAUUGGGCUACCAAACAUUGGAGGAUAGGAAAUAGCAUAUUAAUAACUUUUUGCGCUGAUCCCCUUUGCUACACUGACAAAGUGCGGGUAUAACUGGACGACGCAUUUUGCAAGUGUCCUAGAUUAUCAUUUGCUCUUUGCAGUAUCUUUAAAAUGUAGGGAAGAUUUAAAGAAUAUAAAGAUAAACUGCUCUUAUGUUUUUAUGUAUCAGAUUGUACUUGUAUUGGCGUAUUCUUUUUAUUCUCUACCAGACUAAAAACUAUUUUUUGAAGAAGUGGGACUUAUAUUCAAGCUCUACCUUCCCCAGAUACAUCUGCACACCUGAUCCGUCAUCAAUUAAACAUUUCCAGAUUCGUCAGCUGAAAUUUUAAGGGGAGUGUGCGCGUACAGCUACUACACGUUGAUUGUUUUCGCCUCUGCUGCUUCUUUUAUCUCACCUGUUAGUGAUAAACAUUUAGAAUCAUGUUCACUGAUAAAGACGGCAUCCACAGUGCAUAAAACCGGUACUGUCCUACGUAUUCAUCGUGCGCACUCACAGGUGGCUGCAAAGUGCAAAUAUCAGAUCCUUGGAGAGUAAUAUUGGAUAUCCCAGUAAUCUGAGUCAAUCCCACCCCACCAAAAAACACACGACUAGGGCGUUUAGCAGACUGCUGUUCACUGAUUUAAUGCGAGCGCUGAAUUAACAAAAAAAAAAGUAAUUCACUAACCACUCCUUUGGAAAAAAGGUGCGCUGCUCCUUUAAAUGCAAUUCCUUUCUCGGGGGAGACUUUAAGUCUCCGUUCCUUCUUUCCUUUUGCUGCUGAGUUCUCCAAGUGUCUCAGAUUCCGCACAAGCAGAGCCUCUCUUAAAGCCACACUUUUGUAGCUUGGUGCUUUUAAAGCUGUUGACGAGUUUAACACUUUCCAUUCCGCGUGUCUGGGUGUAAGAAGAGGAAUCCAUUCUCACAGCGUAAGGGAGAAGCACAGCCAGCAACACUGGAGUAUUCACAUCAAAGUCUGAAACUGGAUGCACUCGGAACUCGUUAUUUAUUUGCUUUCUGCUUAUUAAUGCAACUCUAAGGCGACCAGGGUCAGGAUUACUACAUGCGGGAUGAGAGCCCUCACUCCAAGGAUUUCAUCGUUACUUCUCCUCCGUCUGUUGCAAGGACUCCUUUUUCUUAGGUUGGUGUGUUGUAAGGAAGAGAUUAAAGCCAAUGUCCGAACAGCUGCCAAGCCAAUGUCACCAUCAGACUUCCUAGAUAAGCUAAUGGGAAAAACAUCAGGAUAUGAUGCUCGCAUACGACCGAACUUUAAAGGGCCUCCUGUAAAUGUUACAUGCAACAUUUUCAUUAACAGUUUUGGCUCAGUCACAGAGACUACUAUGGAUUACCGGGUGAAUGUAUUUCUACGACAGCAAUGGAGCGACCCUCGUUUGGCAUACAGUGAAUACCCAGAUGACUCUUUAGACUUAGAUCCCUCCAUGUUGGACUCCAUUUGGAAACCAGAUCUCUUUUUUGCCAACGAGAAAGGAGCCAACUUCCAUGAAGUCACAACAGACAACAAGCUCCUACGAAUUUUCAAAAAUGGAAAUGUCCUCUACAGUAUCAGACUGACUCUGAUCCUUUCCUGUCCAAUGGAUCUGAAAAACUUUCCAAUGGAUAUCCAGACUUGUACUAUGCAGCUAGAGAGUUUUGGUUAUACAAUGAACGAUCUAGUCUUUGAAUGGCUGGAUAAUGGGCCAGUUCAGGUAGCAGAAGGGCUAACACUUCCUCAGUUUAUAAUGAGAGAAGAAAAGGACCUUGGGUACUGCACAAAGCAUUACAAUACAGGAAAAUUCACAUGCAUCGAAGUUAAGUUCCACCUAGAAAGGGAGAUGGGUUAUUACUUGAUCCAGAUGUACAUUCCAAGCUUGUUAAUUGUAAUACUGUCGUGGGUUUCUUUCUGGAUAAACAUGGAUGCUGCUCCAGCCAGGGUAGGGCUGGGGAUCACUACAGUGCUUACUAUGACAACACAGAGUGCUGGGUCACGUGCCUCCCUGCCAAAGGUAUCUUAUGUCAAAGCUAUUGACAUUUGGAUGGCGGUGUGUCUUCUUUUUGUAUUCGCUGCUUUGCUUGAAUAUGCUGCUGUAAACUUCGUGUCCCGCCAGCACAAAGAAUUCAUCCGCCUAAGAAAGAAGCAAAGGAGGCAGCAAAUGGAAGAGGAUAUUGUGAAUGAAAGCCGUUUCUACUUCCGAGGGUAUGGGCUUGGACACUGCUUGCAAAUGAAGGAUGGAGUUGCCAUGGAAGGUUCAAGUGUUUAUAAUUCUCCCCCAACAGCAAUUCCCAAGGACACAGAGACUAUUCGAAAGAAGUUUAUUGAUCGAGCAAAACGUAUUGAUACAAUAUCCCGGGCAGUGUUUCCCCUCACUUUCCUCAUAUUCAAUAUCUUCUACUGGCUCACUUACAAAGUUCUUCGGAAUGAAGAAAUCCAUCCACCUUUGUAGAAGAAGAAUGGAACUAUAUCUUCUUUUCUUACAAAAACAAAUGGAAUGCAAAGAGACUUACUUUUAUGUAUAUAUAGAUAC